AUGUGUGUGAAGGAACAUGACGUUCGAGCCCCGGGCGCACGUUCGCUGUCAGAAAUCCUUCGUGAUACCAAAAAGCCCGAGAUAAGGCCGUUGCGGCACAUUUUGAGCACUAGCAGCAGCACUACUGGUGGUGGUGGUGGUGGCAUUGCAACAGGACCAGUGGUGGUGGCCUCGGUGCCAUUUUUCACCCAUUACCAGGAUCAAACGGGCCCUGACACCAAGAAACAGAGAACCUCGACCGUAACGCCUAUGACACCUAUCACACCCGUCGUGCAUGGUGACGAUCGCUUCGGGUUCUCGAGCAGCAGCAGCACCCGUGCACCACCACAGCCCCAUACUCACGUGCGACAGCAUCACGUGCCGGCGGUGAGAAAACCUUCACCGUUAUCGUCACCACAACUGCAACAGUUGCAAAUCCAUCAUAACCAUUCGCCACUACCGCGGGCGCCCAGUGCAACGUGUCACGAAUGCCGUGUUUGUGGGAAAGCGUUUUCCCGGCCCAGUGCUCUUACCACGCAUGCACUGAUCCACACGGGCCAUCAACCCUACGUGUGCGAUGUGCAAUCAUGCGGCAAACGGUUCAAUGUCAAGAGCAACUUGAUUCGACAUAAGAAGAUCCAUGGCAAAACCGAGGGUGCAGGGAUGUAG